AUGGAGGUCAUUCAUUCAUGGUCUGCUCCAAGGUCCUUGAGUACAACCCUAAUGUACUCUUUUUCACAGAGGGAUGACAUUGAAGUGCUUGAUGAGCCUCUCUAUGCUAAUUUCCUUAAAAUCAGCGGUUUAAACAGACCGUAUAAGGAACAACUACUCGCCGAAACGGAGUCGGAUGGAAAUAAGGUUGUUAACGACAUAAUUUAUGGUCCGGGAAACAAAAAGUAUAGAUUCUGCAAGCAUAUGUCAAAACAAAAGGUGCUUGGGUUGCCAGAAGAUUUAAUGAAGAAAGGAAAACACUUCAUUCUCAUAAGAAAUCCUCUUGACAUAUUGCCAUCCUUUGACAAGGUUGUCUCCCCAUCUUUCUUUGAGUUGGGUUUGUUGGAGCUUGUUCAUAUAUACAAUGAACUCUCUGAGAGUGGAAAACCACCGCCGGUUAUUGAUGCUGAAGAACUUCAAAAAGAUCCCGAGGCUACUUUACGGGGUCUUUGUGAUGAUUUGGAGAUUCCUUUUCAACCUUCAAUGCUCAGUUGGGAAGCAGGUCCAAAACCAAUAGAUGGCUUAUGGGCCCCUUGGUGGUACAACACUGUACACAAAUCUACUGGUUUUAAGGAACAAAAGAAGUAUCCUGAGCCAUUUCCCUUUUCUCUCUAUGAUAUAUUGGAGCAAAGUCUACCUCUUUACAACAUGCUUCGACGCCAUGUAAAGAAGAAGUCAUCUCUUCUGAGCUCUCCUUUGCCUCCUCCGGACCUUCCAGUUCCUGCAAAUGAGAAACUGCUUGUUUGGGUCGGUGAUGAGAUUGUGACACGCGAAAAUGCCAAGGUUUCAGUGUUUGAUUCUAUUACCCAAGCCGGCGACUCUGUUUGGGAGGGUCUUCGAGUGUAUAACAAAAAGAUAUUUAAGCUUGAGGAACAUCUGGACAGGAUGUUUGAUUCAGCUAAAGCUUUGGCUUUUGAAAAUGUUCCAACUCGAAAUGAGAUUAAGGAAGCUGUUUUCAAAACCCUAAUUAGGAAUGGGAUGUUUGACGAUGCCCACAUCCGACUUUCUCUAACACGGGGAAAGAAGGUUACUUCUGGGAUGAGCCCGUCAUUAAAUCUGUAUGGAUGCACACUAAUUGUGCUUGCCGAAUGGAAGCCCCCUGUUUAUGAUAAUGAGCGUGGUAUAGUUCUUGUAACUGCCACAACACGCCGUAACUCACCAAAUAAUUUGGAUUCAAAGAUACACCACAACAAUAUCCUGAACAACAUACUUGCAAAGGUUGAAAGCAAUAAUGCAAAAGCAGAUGAUGCAAUCAUGCUGGACAAAGAUGGUUUUGUAUCUGAAACCAAUGCAACAAACAUGUUCAUAGUUAAGAAAGGCCGUGUUUUGACACCACAUGCUGAUUACUGCCUUCCUGGAAUUACUAGAGCAACUGUUAUGGAUCUUGUGGUGAAGGAGCAGUUUAUUUUAGAAGAGCGGAGAAUCAGCCUAUCAGAAGUGCAUUCUGCAGAUGAGGUAUGGACAACAGGUACAAUGGGAGAACUAAGCCCAGUAGUGAAGGUUGAUGGACGCACAAUUGGUGAUGGAAAAGUUGGGCCAAUAACAAAAAAACUGCAAGCUAGUUUUAAAAAGUUGACUGAAGAGUCCGGUGUGCCAAUACAGAACUACCUCGAGACUUGA